GGCUGCACUUCAGGACCCUCCCCGUUUGGAUGCGGCGCUGCGCGUUUUCUUUCCUCCUCGCACUCUUCUGAAUGUUUACUCGGCUUCAAGAUCUUUACAAGUGUGUGAACUAUUAUCAACAAACGACCUUUUUCUUCUGGGGAGUCUGUUAUUAAGUAAAACAUCGAAGAGAACUGAGGGUUCGGGUAUUUCUCCGCCGGCAAGGAUCAUGCCGACUCUGCAGAGCUCUGCAGUCCUGCUGCUUUUCUGCUUCCUGAUCGGUCUGAGCUGCUCCCUGAACCCAAGAGACCCCAAUGUGUGCAGCCUGUGGGAGAGCUUCACCACCUCAGUCAAAGAGUCCUACUCUCAUCCGUACGACCAUGUGACCGAGGAGCCCUGCUCGGACCCUCGGACCUCCUACAGAUGUCUGCGCCACAGGAUCACCUACAAAACAGCCUACAGGCAGGCGGUGAAGACGGACUACCGCAAGAGGUACCAGUGCUGUCCAGGCUACUACGAGAGCGGAGACAAAUGUGUCCCUCGCUGCACCAAGGAGUGUGUCCACGGCCGGUGUGUCGCUCCGGAUCGCUGCCAGUGCGAAGGCGGCUGGCGAGGCGACGACUGUUCCAGCGCCUGUGACGACAAACACUGGGGCCUCGGCUGCAGCCAGCAGUGUAAGUGUGAGAACGGAGCUCUGUGCGACCCGGUGAAGGGAGCAUGUCAGUGUCCUCCGGGCUUCAUUGGACGCCACUGUGAAGACGCCUGUCCAGCAGGAACCUUUGGGAAGGGCUGCCUGCAGAGGUGCAAGUGUGGGACCGGAGGAUCCUGCGACAAGGCAACAGGAGAGUGUGUGUGUCGGGACGGAUUCAGUGGGACUUUCUGUGAGAAGGCUUGUUCGAGGAAAUGCCAGGCGAGGUGCCCCUGCCAGAAUGGUGGCAUCUGUAGGGGCAAAGGGAUCUGCGCCUGCCCCCCCGGCUGGAUGGGUGCAGUCUGCACAGAGCGAUGUCCGGAGGGAAGGUUCGGGCCCAACUGUGCCGAGGAGUGCCUCUGCCACAACAGUGGAAAAUGUGACCCUGAAACCGGACAGUGCAAGUGUGCUAAAGGUUUCACUGGGAACAGGUGUAAUGAGGAGUGUGCUGCAGGAACUUAUGGUCAGGACUGUAAAGGCGUGUGCGACUGUGCUAACGGCGCUCGCUGCUACAACAUCGACGGAGGCUGCCUGUGUGAGCCGGGCUUCAGCGGGCCACACUGCAGGGAUCGCAUGUGUUCACCCGGAAAAUACGGCAUGCACUGUGAACGCACAUGUCUCUGUCUGGACACACACACACUCAGCUGCCACCCAAUGAAAGGAGAGUGCACGUGCCAGCCGGGGUGGGCGGGGCUUUACUGCAACGAGACCUGCGCUCAUGGUUUCUACGGUCACGGCUGUCUGGAGCCUUGUCUUUGUGUGAACGGAGGCGUGUGCGACAGUGCCACCGGGCGAUGCCAGUGCGCUCCAGGCUUCACGGGCGUUCACUGUGAGAGUCCCUGUAAAAGUGGCACCUAUGGAAAGAACUGCUCCCUGGAGUGCUCUUGUAAGAACUUUGUCGACUGCUCACCGGUCGAUGGGACUUGUUUCUGCAAAGAAGGCUGGCGAGGCCUGGACUGCUCCACCCCCUGCUCCGAGGGAACCUGGGGCCCAGGAUGCAACGCCACCUGCCACUGCGCCAACGGGGCAAAAUGCAACCCUGCAGAUGGAUCCUGCAGCUGCACGGCCGGCUGGCAGGGGGCGCACUGCGACCAACCAUGCCCGAUGGGCACGUUUGGGCCUGGCUGCCUGAAGAGGUGCGACUGUGUUCAUGCCGACGGCUGCCAAGCUGCCACCGGGGAGUGUCGCUGUCUGCCAGGCUGGUGGGGUCCGCGCUGCAGCGAGCCGUGUUCGGACGGCCUGUGGGGGCGCCACUGCAACCAGACCUGCUUCAAGCAUUGUCCCAACAGCGACACGUGUUUGAGGGAAACUGGAGCUUGUGUUUGUCGUCCAGGUUUCUGGGGAGUCACCUGUCAGAACAAAUGCAGAGCGGGUAUGUACGGCGACCAGUGCAGCUCGUCCUGCGCCUCCUGCGGUCAGUCGUACCGCUGCCACCAUGUGACAGGAGAGUGUGACUGCCUGCCCGGAUACAUCGGACCCAACUGCGACCAAGUUUGUCCUGCUGGCUACUACGGCAAACAGUGUUCUGAAGUGUGCGUUAAAUGUGCCAACAACUCCACAUGCAACCACCGGGACGGUCACUGUGAAUGUUUGCCCGGCUGGACGGCGACCGACUGCUCCAUACCCUGCAGUUCAGGACGCUUCGGUCCGUUCUGUGCUCAGACCUGCUCCUGUCCAGCCAACGUCCUCUGUGACCGAUUUACUGGAGACUGUUUGUGUGAAAAUGGAGGAGACGAUUGCAAGCAAGACUCGGCGGAGCAGGCGGGGAGCGUCAUGGUUCCUCUUCCCCCCGGGGAGAGGGAGUCGUGGGGGGCCAUCAGCGGCAUCGUGGUUCUGGUCCUCCUGGUGGUCCUGCUGCUGGCUCUGCUGCUGCUCUACCGCCGCCGGCAGAAGGACAAACAGAACAACACGCCCACCGUCUCCUUCUCCACCAGCCGCACAGUCAACUCUGAAUACGCCGUCCCAGAUGUUCCUCACAGUUACCACCACUACUACUCCAACCCCAGCUACCACACGCUGAGCCAGAACAGGCCUCCGCUGCCGCACCUCCCCAACAACCACGACCGCACCAUCAAGAACACCAACAACCAGCUGUUCUGCAGCGUCAAGAACGCCGAGCGGGAGCGUCGAGGUCUGUUCGGAGUCGAGACCAACGCCACGCUGCCUGCAGACUGGAAGCACCACGAGCCCCGCAAAGACUCCGGAGCGUUUGGCAUCGACAGGAGCUACAGCUACAGCGCCAGCCUCGGAAAAUAUUACAACAAAGAGCUGAAGGACUCGGUGGCGGUGAGCAGCAGCUCUCUGAACAGCGAGAAUCCUUACGCCACCAUCAAAGACCUGCCCGGCCUGCCCUUCUGCCCCCCGGAGAGCAGCUACAUGGAGAUGAAGUCGGCCGUGCCCAGAGAGCGAGCGUACACCGAGAUCAGCGCACCGCCGCCGUUCAACACCGGCACCUUACGCAGAGAGCGUCAGAGCUCCCUCGGCCACGGUCCCCACGACGACCCCCAGAGCCACUACGACCUCCCCGUGAACAGCCACAUCCCGGGACACUACGACCUGCCGCCGGUCCGCCGCCCCCCCUCCCCCAGGAGAGCUCCUCUGUGACAGUCACAGCAGACUUUAGCCUCCUCCUCACUUCGGGGAUGAUGAAGAAAGACUCCUAUCUGACAGCAGGAGCUGCAGACCACCCGCAGAGCAGCGGCCAGGCGUCCAAACUAGCGUUUACUGUGGAUGCCCUCCUUUUAACUCGACACUGCCUCCCUGAGGGCCUAAAGUGGUACUUCCUUCACCGUGGCAGACCUGCCAUCCAGACAGAGGAGCCAGCAGGCUGCAGGGCUUCAGCUGCUUCCCCCUCCCAUGGGAAAAACACACCAGAGGACUUCACAAGCAGCGACUUGGGAAUGUGUUUGCAUCUAAACAUGCUGAAAUUUUUAGUUUUCCACACAUUUUCCCCCGCUUCUGAUCAGCUGGUAUUCCUGUUUAAAGGGCCCUUUUUGUCAGAAUUUGAAUUUUCUUCCGUCUUCAUCACCAGCGAUGAGCAAUGCAGGAAUUAUUUUGUUUAACUUUGCAUUUUAAAUUCAGGUAAAUGACAUUUUCAAAUCCGUUUCUUACCAGACAGCUUUGGAUGAACUGAUCACAGCUGGACUUCCCUGUGAUUAGCUGCUUGAAAACUUAACAUUGUCCCCUGAUGUAUUUUAUGUCGUGAAAUAGUGCAAAAAGUGCCUUUGUUUAAGUCUGUUUCUGUUUUUUUUAACCAUCUGAAGCUAAAAUGUGCAGCAUUUUACAAUAAUUCACGCCUUUGUUGUUUCCAAACGUGGCAUUUAGGGAAUGAAACAUCUUCCUUGUUUACUUAAAGAAAUGCAACUUAUUGCCACUGUCAGAAACUUUGUAAAUAUAGAAAUAAAUAUAUUGUUUGCCUCACAGUAAUGUAGAACAGCCCUACUUUCAGAUGAACAUGUUGUUAAGGGGUUUAUGGGACUGAAGAUAAUUUACAUGUGCUCAUUAAUAGAUGUACACAGGUCAGUGUGAGAACAAACGCUGACCCUGCUGUGAAUAAUCCAUCAACAAGCCAAAUCAAAGCAGCAUUAUGAAUGUCAGCAGUGUCCUACAGCUUUUUAAAAACUUUGCAUGAUAUUUAAAGGGCCACUUCACCCAAAACACAUAAAGCUGAAUUUUCACUUCACAGGGUGCUCCACUGAUCUGGCAUCGCGAUUCUAGUCAGAAAGAAAAGUGUCAUCUUCUUGAAUACUGGUGCCUACAUUACCCAUAAUGCACCUUUAUGUCAGGUGCAAAUGAAUUUUGCAACAUGGCAAAGGUGUGAUCUGCCUGACGUCACCUCUUCUUGGCUUACCCUAAAACUCUUACCUAAACUCUAAUCAAUCUCCUGGCAUCCUCGUUUAUCGACCAAUCAACUAGCACUAUUCUCAUAACUGUAUGAUAUAAAGAUAAAUGGCAGAAAAUAAGACAAAUUAUCUGAGAAAUGUGCUGGUGAUGCCAUUUCUAAAUAGAGUCUGCAUAGUCGUACCUGCCCGCCCUCGAACAAAGCAAUCCAAAUGGCAUCCUUUCUAUUUUAUUUUGAGAUAUACUACUUCAUUGUAAUCUUGUGCCUUAAUCUUUGUCUUGUUCAUGUAUCCAUUGUAGACUGUAGUGCAAAAUGAGCUGUUUUCAUCUAUCUGUGCAUUCUCAGCUGCUCAGUAUUGUUUAUACUCAUUAUGAUUUAUCUGCACAGAGGACUGUGGCUCAGAAUGGCCAGAAAAGCAUGCUGGCUUGCCAAACUGCAGCAUGCAAGUGGAUAUAGUCUGUAUAGUUGGCAUGAAUGAGGAAAUUAGCUACACCAAAAGUUUUUUUUUUUUUUUUUUUUACAAAGCUCUAAAAAUGUUUAUUUUUGAUGAAAAAAUAGUCAUUUUUACAUGAAGGUUUAUGGGGGUUGACUAACUUUUGGAAUCAGCCUCAAGUGGACAUUCGAGGAACUGCCUUUUUUGAACUUUCUAACUUUUCAGCCUCCAAGGUUGAUGCCUGGCAUUACCAGUCUAUGAGUUAAAACUAGCAAUUACUAACCAUGAUUAUCUAGGAAAUGAUAAACAUGGCGGAUGUAUUUAAGUAGGAACAAAACAGUUCCUACAUUGAACUGCUCAAAACAACAUUUGUGGAUUCGUUUGAGUAACCAGCUCAUGAUUUUUGCUGCGACACUGCUGAUGAGUUUCUGAAAUGUCUUUUUUAUUUUUUUGCCGCACGACAAGCCAAGUGCCAACUAGUUCAAUUAUGAAGUGUUAUCAAAAAGUCUGUGCCUGUAUUUAAAUUUGGCCACCAUCUCUGUCGGAACCGGUCUCCUUGUGUAGUGAUACACCGCUCCAAGGGCUCCUGCAACACUUGUAAGACUCUGGUUGGUACAAGAUGAUAGCGUCCAUUUUUAUCAUAAUUUGACUUCAUUUUUGGACAACAGCAUCUUUAUAUAGUCUGAUGUGUCUACAGUUCUGUCAGAGAUUUAAAAAUCACAUCAUCAAAAUAUUCACAGUGCAAUAUUCCAACUGCAGGAGGUGCAAUUUGAUGAAGGUAAAAUGUUCAUCCUCUUAUAAAUUAAGCAGUUGUGCUGCUACAGAGAUGCCCUGACUUAUUAAUUUAAACAUAAGGGAACAUGCAGCAACAAACAUUGUUUUAAUGGGGGGAAAAAAUGGAAAAACUAGCAUUCCCAUUCAAAUUGUGACUUAUGUUGCAUUAUUUUUUGUGCAUAUUAUUCACAUUCCACGUGUUUUUACACAACAUUUUUAUGCACAUGCAGUCAUACCUUCUAGUUUUUGAGAUGUUUUCCUCCACCCUGAUUCACCAGUAAUAUAAUAUGGCUAAACUGAGUUUUUAAUUGGCUGAUGGGUCAUUUUAUAAAGCAUCACAGUCAGUUUCAUUCGCUGCAAAAAGUUUGGGAGAAAACUAAAGUUGAGUGUUGGCUUUACAUAAUUUUAGAAAUGCUGUAAGAGAUGUGUUUUGUAAAAAAUAUCAACCAGCGAAGCUCUUGAACCUGCCAAUUAGAAAACAGAAACCAGACAGAAUGUACAUUGUGCUUUAAGUGCUUUGAUGUUGUUGUUUUUAACAUAUGUCCAUAUAUUUUUGAAUGUAACCAUGGGAACAUGUAUAUAAUGUAAAUAAAAAUGUCUGCACCUUUUCAUCCUUAA